AUGUCAAUAGAACCAGAAUCAGGCUUUGACGCUAGCCAAGCAGUGCAAGUUUACUCAAAAGGCACAAAGGCCUGGUUUCCAGACAAGGAAGAAGGAUGGAUUUCAGCUUCAUGUACUACUAACACCAUCGAGAAUGACAAGGUGACGAUUUCAUUUCAAGAUGACAUGGAUGGCAAGGAGCACGUAUUCGAAUCCACCAUGGCGGCCAUCCACAAGACACAGGGAUCUACCUUGCCACCGCUUCGAAAUCCACCCAAGAUGGAAUACACGGAUGAUUUGACCAACUUGAGUUACUUGAACGAGCCUGCAGUAUUAAACACGAUUAGAACCAGAUACAUGCAACAUUUAAUAUACACCUAUUCCGGCAUUGUGCUGAUUGCUGUCAAUCCGUUUGAUCGUGUCUCUUUGUACGAGCCUGAUAUUGUGCAGCAGUACUCUGGCAAGCGACGUGGAGAAUUGGAGCCGCAUUUAUUUGCUAUUGCAGAAGAAGCGUAUCGAUGCAUGAUUAGAGAACAGUCGAAUCAAACCAUUGUGGUGUCAGGAGAGAGUGGUGCUGGCAAGACGGUAAGCGCCAAAUUCAUUAUGCGUUAUUUUGCUACUGCAGAUGAUCAGGAAUCAUCAGGCAAGAAAAAGAAGAAAUCAGAUGGGUCAAUGACAGAAGUGGAAGAGCAAAUCUUGGCAACAAACCCAAUUAUGGAAGCAUUUGGUAAUGCAAAAACAACUCGUAACGACAACAGUUCACGUUUUGGCAAGUACAUUGAAAUCCAAUUUGAUGCGGAUGCCAACAUUAUUGGUGCCAAGAUCAAGACAUACCUACUGGAGAGGUCAAGAUUGAUUUUCCAGCCUGAAACUGAGCGAAAUUAUCACAUUUUCUAUCAGCUUUGUGCUGGUGCACCUGCCAAGGAAAGGAAGGAUUUCGAGUUGGGUGAGUAUUCAGAUUUCCAUUAUUUGAACCAGAGCGGCACGGGCGAGAUUCCAGGCGUGGAUGAUGCAGAGGAAUUCCAAGUGACGCAAAAGGCGCUGUCGACAGUGGGACUAUCGGUUGAUUUGCAGUGGAAGAUAUUCAGAGUGCUGGCGUGCUUAUUGCACAUUGGUAACAUCAAGAUCACUGGUAGAGGUGAUGCCAUGGUGUCAGACACAGACGAUGCCCUGUUGACAGCAGCCCGGUUGUUGGGAAUCAAUACUAUGGAGUUUAGAAAGUGGAUUGUCCGCAAGCAGAUCAUCACACGCUCAGAGAAGAUUGUCACCAACCUGAACCCCACACAAGCACAUGUCGUCAAGGACUCGGUCGCAAAGUACAUUUACUCCAACCUGUUUGAUUGGCUGGUGGGCGUCAUUAAUGACAGCUUAUCGUGCCCUGAUGUCGACAAAGUCAAGAAUUUCAUCGGUGUGCUGGAUAUCUACGGCUUUGAACAUUUUAAAAAGAACUCGUUUGAGCAAUUCUGUAUCAACUACGCCAAUGAAAAGUUGCAGCAGCAGUUCAAUCAGCAUGUAUUCAAGCUGGAACAAGAAGAGUAUAUGCGGGAAAAGAUCAACUGGACAUUUAUCGAGUUUAGUGACAAUCAAAAGUGCAUUGAGAUGAUUGAAGGAAAAUUAGGCAUCCUGUCUCUGUUGGAUGAAGAAUCUCGCUUGCCUGCAGGAACGGAUAACGCUUUCUGUCAGAAACUAUACGACAAUUUCAGUACACCCGAAUACAAAAACUACUUUAAAAAGCCUCGAUUCUCCAGCGAAGCAUUCACUAUUGCACACUAUGCGCACGACGUACAAUAUGAAGCCGAGAAUUUCUUGGAAAAGAACAAGGAUUCCGUGCCUGAUGAACAUCUUGAACUGCUACAAAACUCUGAAUUCGCGUUUUUGCACGAAAUAUUAGCCAAAGCAACCGAGGCAGCAAAUCAAGUGACAUCCAAAGAAGCCAAGCGCAAGAGCAUGAUUAACAGAAAACCAACACUCGGCUAUAUCUUCAAGCACUCACUCAUCAGUCUUAUGGAUACCAUUGGCAACACCAACGUGCACUAUAUUCGAUGUAUCAAGCCAAAUGAAGCCAAGGUUGCUUGGGAGUUUGAACCACCUAUGGUACUGGCUCAACUACGUGCCUGUGGUGUCUUGGAGACGAUUCGUAUUAGUUGCUUAGGAUAUCCUUCUCGCUGGACGUUUGAAGAAUUUGCUGAUCGCUACUAUGCUCUUGUGCCUUCGCAGCACUGGGACCCCAAGGCCAAUCCAGACGUACGAGAGCUGUGUCAAGUGAUAUUGGAUGCCUGCAUUACCGACACGGAUAAGUACCAAGUCGGCGAGACAAAGAUCUUUUUCCGUGCUGGCCAAUUAGCCUAUUUAGAAAAGCUGCGAUCUGAUAGAUUUGAUGUCUGUGCCACUGUGCUCCAAAAGAACAUUCGUCGAUUCGUGUAUCGCCGCCGCUACUUGAGAAUGAGGGAAAUGACCGUCAAACUGCAAUGCCUUGCACGUGUGUUGAUUGCUAAGAAACAGAUCAAGCAACUCAAGCAAGAGAAGGCGGCCAUCAUCAUCCAAAAGAACUUUAGACGAGUCAGUGCGCGCAAGGCAUAUAUGCAAAAGAGAGACCUAAUUGUCAAACUGCAAGCAUUGGUGCGUGGACGCAAGGCCCGUCAAGCCUAUCAGCAACUGAGAGAGAACAUGGCAGCCAUCCAAAUCCAACGCCAUGUGCGUGGUAUGCUCGCUCGCAAAUGGUACAAGACGCAGGUACAGCAUGUCAUCUUCUUGCAGUCAUGCGUGCGUCGUCGUGCUGCUCGUAAGCAAUUACUCCAGCUGAAGGUGGAAGCCAAAUCUGCCAAUCAUUUCAAGGAGGUUUCCUACAAAUUAGAAAACAAGGUGGUGGAAUUGACACAGGCUGUAACCACACUAAAAUCUGAAAAGAACGGAUUAGCCAAGACAGUAGCCCAGCUCGAGUCACAGAUUCAGCACUGGCAUGAUAAAUACGCGAAAUUAGAAGAGGAAUCCAAGCUGCAACAAGGCAACUACGUAUCUCGCUCAGAAUUAGACGCUCUCAAAACCACUUUAGAUACUAUCACUACCGAGAGAGAUGUGCUACGAGAGAAGAAUACCAACUUGGAAGCCACAAUAGAACAACUGCAACGCGACUUGACAGCCGAAAAGGACAAGCAGGUUCUGUUGGCCACUAGCACCAAACCCACAGCUGCAGAUUCACACGACGUUACAGACAACGAACAAGUCGCUGAUCUCAAAUCUCAAAUCAUUGCCCUGAAAGCGCAACUCGCAAAAGCAAUGCACACGCGACAAGGCUCACUGGCACCCAUCAAGCCAAACAGCACCAACAGAACUAUGUCUCCCUCAGCCAACAGUCGACGUCAAUUCUCUCGCAUAGCGGUAGAUGAAGAAGCACAAGACAGCAUCAAACCACUGGGUAACAACAGUAAUCACACACUGAUAAACAGAAAAUUACGUCGCAACAGCUCUGCAGAGGUUACUGGUAACAUUCCCAAGACAUCCAUCGAUCAAAUCCGCAAAGCAGAGGCAUUAGGCAGCAGAAAUCCUCGUCCUACUUCUGUCGGCCAGUCCAACACCAUUGCUGGUGGCAAGAGUAGCCGCUUAGACGUCAUUUCGGAUAAUCCCGAAGAGGAGAUCAAUGCUAUUCUGCGCCAAGAAGAGCCCUUGCUAGAAGAAGUCUUGGAAGGACUCAUCAAAUCACUCAAGCUGCCGCUUCCCAGUGAAAAAAACGCACCCUCGCAUAAGGAGGUCAUGUUUCCUGCCCAUCUCAUCAGCAUGUGUGUCAACGAUAUGUGGCGCAUUGGCUACAACCGUGAAUCUGAAAAUCUGCUCUUUUCUGUUAUGGACACCAUUACAAAGCAAUGCUUGGGUUUCGUGGGUGAAGAUGCUGUCAUUCCUUGUGCAUUUUGGCUGACCAAUGUGCACGAACUCCUGUCACUGGCAGUGCAAUCAGAGAAUCGCAUUGAGGCAGAAAUGGAGGCAAGAGGGCAUUCCAUUGGCUGGAGAGAAUUCGAGAAACUGCUCCAAAAUAUCAAGUAUGAACUGCAGUGCUUAGAGGACAACAUUUACCACACAUGGAUGAAGGAGAUCAAGAAAAAGUACAGUAAAAUGGUCAUUGCUGCUGUCAUUGAGAGCCAAUCUCUGCCUGGUUUCAUCACCAACGAUUCAGGACGUUUCUUUAACAAGCUGCUUUUGGGAAGCACAGGACCCGCCUACAGCAUGGAUGAUUUGCUCAGCUUUCUCAACAAGGUCUACCGCACCAUGAACUGCUACUUUAUGGAGCAAUCCAUUGUGAACCAAGUCUUGACAGAAAUUCUCAAAAUGACGGGUAUCAUGGCCUUUAAUGACUUGUUGAUGCGCAAGAACUUUUCAUCCUGGAAACGAGCCAUGCAAAUUCAAUACAACAUUACACGUAUAGAGGAAUGGUGCAAGAGCCAUGGCAUCCCUGAAGGAACGCUGCAACUGGAACACUUGAUGCAGGCUACUAAAUUACUCCAGUUCAAAAAGGCCACUUUGGAAGACAUUGAAAACAUUUACGAUGUUUGUUGGAUUCUGUCACCUACGCAAAUCCAGAAAUUAAUCUCUCAGUACCAUGUGGCAGACUACGAAAACCCAAUUUCACCAGUGAUACUGCGUGCUGUGGCUGCACGUGUUGUGAGUGGCGAUAAGAGUGAUGUGUUGCUGCUGGAUUCUGUCUCAAUGGAUGAAACGACAGUGCCUUAUGAGAUUCCAGGCCCUCGUGAAACAAAACCCUAUCUCUAUCUGCCAGCUUGGUUGAACUUGAAGCGCAUUCGCCGUCUCACCUUAUUGGAGAGUGUGCUUGCUGAACGCGAUGCUCAACAGAUAGAUAGCACUUUGCCUACUGCAGCAGCUUAA